GAGAGAAGAUGUUCUUGUGAAUGAGGGGAUCUCAUCUUUCUUUGUCUCUCUUCAAUUCUGACUUUCCCCUCUUUUUUCUUUCUUCUUCUUCUUCUUACGCAUCUUCUGAUUCUUAAUGGAUACAGAUAUAUUGAUUUUCUUGUAUUCCUAGAUCCCUUGUUAUGAAAUUACAAGAAGAUUGAAGCUAUGCUAAGCUUUUGAUUUCAUUUUUCUCUUCUGGGUUAUGGGAAUUUGUCGAUUUUUUCGAUCGAUUUCCUCUUUUUAUUGACCUUUUUCAUCUGGGUUUUUUAUUUUAGUUGCGGUUUUCUUUGAUUCGUUUGGUUUUUGAGGGAAUUUGGGAACUGGGUUUCUUUUUUCUAUUGUAAAUGAGAGCUGGGUUGAGUACGAUUCAGCAGACUCUUACGCCGGAGGCGGCGAGUGUGCUGAAUCACUCUAUAGCCGAAGCUGGUCGUCGGAUUCAUGGACAAACGACGCCGCUUCAUGUGGCGGCGACGCUUCUCUCUUCUCCGAGUGGGUAUCUCCGGCAAGCCUGUAUUAAAUCGCACCCAAAUUCGUCUCAUCCCCUUCAGUGUCGUGCGCUUGAGCUCUGUUUUAGCGUCGCCCUUGAGCGACUUCCGACGGCGCAAAACGCUAGUCCUGGUGCUGAGCCGCCCAUUUCCAACGCGCUUAUGGCUGCUCUUAAGCGUGCUCAAGCCCAUCAGCGCCGUGGCUGCCCCGAACAACAGCAACAGCCUCUCUUGGCUGUUAAAGUUGAGCUCGAACAGCUGAUUAUCUCGAUUCUUGAUGACCCGAGUGUGAGCCGUGUUAUGAGGGAAGCUAGUUUUUCUAGCCCUGCUGUUAAGGCUACCAUUGAACAGUCGUUGAAUACGCCGGCUCCGGCGAGUUCUUCGCCGAUUGGGGGAUUGGGGUUUCGACCACCACCGAGGAAUUUGUACUUGAAUCCACGGCUGCAGCAGCAGGGGAGCGUCGUCCCUCCGGUGCAGCAGAGGGGGGAGGAAGUCAGGAAGGUCUUAGACAUAUUGCUGCGAUCAAAGAAGAGGAAUCCAGUGCUGGUUGGGGAGUCGGAGCCAGAAGCCGUGGUGAAAGAAUUGUUAAAGAGAAUUGAAAAUAGAGAAUUGGGGGAUGGGAUACUCUGUAAUGUUCAUGUGAUUCAUUUGGAUAAGGAGAUUCGUUCUUCUGAUAGGCUCAAGGAAUUGGGAGAUUUGGUGGAGAGUAGAAUGGAGAAUCUGAAUGGUAAUGGAGGGGUUAUUCUUGAUAUGGGGGACUUGAAAUGGCUGGUUCAGCAGCAGCCUGCGACCGGGGGUGGUUCGGGGUCGGUCACAAUGCUGCAGCAGCAGCAGCAGCAGGUUGUUUCGGAAGGCGGGCGUGCUGCGGUGACAGAGAUGGGGAAGCUUCUUGCCAAAUAUGGAAACGGCGAUGGUGGUCGGGUUUGGUUGAUUGGUACUGCAACUUGUGAGACAUAUUUAAGGUGUCAAGUCUAUCAUCCAUCCAUGGAGAAUGAUUGGGACUUGCAGGCUGUGCCCAUUGCUGCUCGUGCGCCUCUUCCCGGAUUGUUUCCGAGGCUUGGUACCACUGGGGUUCUUAGUAGCCCAGCUGAAUCGUUAUCCUCGAUCAAGGGAUUCCCGACUGUGACCACGAUUCCGAUGCGAUCGGUGAUGCAUAAGAGCCUUGAUCCUUCUCAGAAAACAAGUUGUUGCUCUCAAUGUAUGCAAAAUUAUGAACAGGAACUCGAAAAACUUGCAGCCAAUGAGUUUGACAAACCAUCUUAUGUACCUAAACCAGAAGGAGCCAAGGCAUCGUCUCUCCCUCCGUGGCUGCAGAACGCGAAUGCCCGAGAUGAAGAUGCAAAGAAACACAACACGACCGAGAAUUUGGAUAAAGAACUGUUGCAAAAGCAGAAGACUCAAGAACUACAGAAGAAAUGGCACGAUACGUGCUUGAAUCUUCAUCCUAAUUUCCAUAAUCUGAGUACGUUUGGUUCCGAUAGAACCGUACCGAUACCGAUGUCUCUCCCUUUAACGGGUUUGUACAGUUCGAAUUUGCUCAGGCAUCAACCUUCCCAACCUAAGUUACAGCUGAAUAAAGGAUUUGGUGAAACUCUGCAGCUGAAAACAAAUCCACUUCUGGCCAACAAACAAUCCGAAAAGGUUGUAUCGAUCUCGAGAUCGGGUAGCCCUGUAAGGACUGAGUUGGCUCUAGGGCGAAUGAACGAUGGUGAGAUCUCGGCUGAGGAAACGCAUAGAGAGCGUGUGAAGGACUUUCUCGGUUGCAUAUCUUCUGCACCUGAGAACAAAGUCUGUGAACUGCAGAGUAGUAAAUUUGUCGAUGCGUCGGAUAUCGACACGUACAAGAGGCUCUUCAAAGGUAUAUUAGAGAAGGUAUGGUGGCAGCAAGAAGCAGCAUCAGCCUUGGCUACAAGUGUGACUCAGUUCAAAUUGGGAAAUGGAAAACGACGAGGUACGGUUCCAAAAGGAGACAUGUGGCUCUUAUUCUUGGGUCCCGAUCGAGUCGGAAAGAAGAAGAUGGCAACUGCUCUUGCAGAGUUGGUAUCGGGAUCCAAUCCUGUAACCAUUUGUCUUGGCUCGAAACGGAGUGAUGGAGAAUCGGAGAUAAGUAUUCGUGGUAGAACUGUGUUAGAUAGAAUAUCAGAGGCCGUUAGAAGGAACCGAUUUUCUGUCGUUGUUCUUGAUGAUUUUGACGAAUCUGAUAUGUUGGUUCGUGGAAGCAUAAGAAGAGCUAUGGAGAGAGGUCGAUUCACCGAUUCUCACGGUCGCGAAAUUAGCCUUGGUAAUAUCAUCUUCAUCCUUACAGCAACCUGGAUACCGGAUGAUAUGAAACACUUAUCGAACGGGAAUUCGCUCGAGGAAGAGAAGUUUGCUAGUUUAGCAAGAAGCGCUUGGCAGUUGAAACUAUCUGUUAGCGAGCAGACGGUUAAGCGUAGAGUCGAAUGGGCGCACGGUGAAGAGCGGUGUUUGAAACCAAGAGUGGAAACUGGUUCAGCCAUAGCAUUUGAUCUUAACGAAUCAGCAGAUGCAGAGGAUGAGAAGACAGAUGGAUCAUUGAAUUCAAGUGAUGUAACAACCGAUCACGAAACCGAGCAUGGCCUCAACAUUCGUCAUUUAUCGUUCACAACAACAUCGGCCUCACGAGAGAUGUUCAAAACAGUCGACGAUGCAAUCGUCUUCAAACCAGUGGACUUCGCCCCGAUCAAGCACAACAUCACAAGCACCAUCAAGAAGAAGUUUUCAUCCAUUGUUGGGGGAAAGAUCUCACUUGAUCUACAGGAGAAUGCUCUUGAAAAGAUCACGAGCGGGGUAUGGCUCGGGAACACAAAUGUUGAAGAAUGGACCGAAAACUUUCUCGUUCCGAGCUUGAAAGAGCUCAAAGCUCGUCUUCCGACUACCAAUGCCUUCGAGUCCAUGGUGGUCAAGCUCGAUUCCGACAGCGACAUACGUUGUCGGGGCUCAGAAGGUCAAUUUCCUAGUAGCAUCAAGGUGGUUGUGGGGGAAAAACUGUGAGAUUUGCAGAGGUUCAACGCAGCUGGAAUUUUGUAACUUUGUUGGAUAGAGAUGUAAAUAUACUUGAAUGGAAGGGUAAAACUGUAAAAGAAAGGGAAAAAAUGGUUAAAAGAGUUGGAUAUGAGGGAGGCUGAGACGACUCAGGAUAAAUUUACUUUUUUUCUUUUUUCUUUUUUUUUCUCUUCCCAAUAUUUUUUUUCUUAAAUUAUUUGAUAUUUUUAUGUUCACUGCCUCUAAAUUUAUAUAGCAAUUAAA